AUGAGUGCUACCAAUGAUAAUUAUGUCGGUGUGCGAGUUGGAGGCCAGCCCGGAGGUGUGCCGGAGGCGUGUGGCGGCGUUACGACUCCGACGAGCUAUGUGUUUGCGCGCGAUAGAAGCGUGACAACGGAGGACUUUAAUAAGUUUAAAGAAGAGAUUAAAAGCAUGAUAACGUCAUUAUGGGCUGCACAAAAGGAAGAAACAAAAAAUAGCACAUCAACUUUGUUAGAAAUAAAAAAUAAGACCUCAAACAUUGAAAACUCCAUUGCCCUCUUGACAUCACAAAAUCAGGAACUAAAUAAAAAGGUGAUUCAAAUGGAAAACAAGAUUAAAGAGGGAAAUGAGCACCUAGCUUUAUUAGAAGAUAAAAUUGAAAACAUGCAAAUGGCCUACCGUAAAUCUAAUUUUGAAAUAAAAAACGUACCACGGAAAGCUGAUGAAACAAAGGACGACUUAGUGGACAUGGUGCUGCACCUGUCUGCCACGGUUGGUGCGGACUUAAACAAAUCUGACAUAAGGGAUGUAUACAGGGUGCUUGGGAAAAAAGACCAGCAGCAGAAAAAUACACCCAUUGUUGUUGAAACAUCGUCAACGCUGAUCAAAAAUAACACCCUAAAGCUGUGCAAGGCAUUUAAUGUAAAAACCAAGUCUAAACUGUGUGCUAAACACCUGGGCCUCCGUGUAUCAGAGGAUACACCUAUAUUUGUUUCGGAGCAGCUCACCGCAAAGGGAUCCCGGUUACACUUCCUCGCCAGAGAUCUUGUAAAGUCGAAACAAUACAAGUAUUGUUGGACGGCAUACGGGAGAGUGUAUGUGAGGGAAAGUGACAACUCAAAAAUCAUCAACAUCAAAUCGGAAGCACAGGUUCAUCAACUAAUGAAUAAGAAGUGA